ACUAUGCAUGGAGCUUUCCUCACUGGACUUAGGGAAGCUGCAAAUAUGGCAAACUAUGCAAAUGCUCGAGCUUCAAGGAUGAAAAUUGACAGGAGCCCAUCAAAGAAUGCCUAUUCUUGUGCUUCCCUUCUUGCAGAUUUAUUUAGGGAUCCUGAUUUAGAAUUUGGUAGUUUUUCUGUAAUUUUUAGCGGUAAGAAUGGUGAUACAAAAUCCCCAGCAAUUUUAAGGGUUAUGCUUAAUGAGCCGCGAAAAAGAAAUUAUGAAGGUGGUAGACCAGAUCAGCAUUCAAAUAAAUUACUUUUUCAGCAGCUUCAGUCGCAUUUCAAUCAGCAACAACAGCUUCAUGUUUACACCUUGUUGUCAAGGCAGCAGGUGCUUGAGUUGAGAGAGGUGCGAGGGGGUGAUGAGAUGAGACUGAAUUACCUCUGUGAGAAGCUGGGGGUAAAGCUGGUAGGAAGAAAAGGUUUGGGGUCUGCUGCUGAUUCUGUUAUUGCUUCCAUAAAGGCUGAGAGGAGCAGUCGCAAACCCAGUUCAUCUUCUUCUUCAAAACCAGGAAUGUUGAAGCUAAAAACAGGCACUCUUAAGCGAAAAUUGGUCAGAAGGGCAAAAGUAGUGAGGAAUGGUAAAGGAUUGGUGUCUCAGAAUACAAAUGUGAUAAGAAGUAACGUGUCUGGUGAAAGUAGGAACCAAGCAACAGGCAACAAAUGAAUGUUUUGUGGCCCCUCCACCCAAUGCAAAUGUGGUAAAUGGUAAUGUGUUGGAAAAAAUCCGGAACGUGAAUCAAGCAACCUCUCACAA